CAAAAGGAUAAUGUUUUGUAUGCGUCUUGGGAUGACCAACAACAUAGAAUGUGAACGAGAAGAUCACUCUUCAAUAAGAACCGUACCAGAACAUGUUGCAUCGAUUAUAUAUGGUUACUUACUUAAUACGGAUCAUUACAUUGAAACUUCUGAAUACUGGAUUGGAAUUAGAUUGGGAAAUGAAAAUUUUGCUAUUAGAUUAGAACAAAUUGAUGCACCUAUCGUAUCUGAAGCCAUAUCUACGAUAAAUUCAAACAUUAUAGUAAAACGACUAGAAAAUGUAAAUGGAACCCUAGGAAUAUUUUUAGGAAGAAUGUCCUAUUUUAUGUUAGCUUUUGGAGAAAUGACAAUUACAUCUGUUAGAGAUAAACCAUACGCUCUACUAAUUGAUGACGUGGAAGCGCAAAAUUUAAUACCAAAAGUUAUGAUUUGCAAUCGCUUGAAUUUUAAUAAUAAAUUAAUAACUAUUAUAGCCAAUAUCACUUGUAUUAACGAAGAGGGCGAUGCCAUAAAAACAAGAAGAGCAAACGUUUUAACUGUUGUAAAUUUAAAUGAAUACAUACAUAACAUGGAUUAUUACAUCGAGAGUACAGAUUUAUGGAUUGGAAUAAAAAUUGGAUCGAGUGGAAGCCUGACUCUUAACCACGUACAAGAAAAUGCACCCACGAUACUUAUAACAAGAUACUCGAGUAGUUUAGAUGUGAUAGCAGAUCAACUAGACCAUAUAAAUGGCACCCUGAUAAUAUCUAUAGGAGCCAACGAAAUUUUCCGUGGACCAGUCUCCGUGUUUACCUACAUUCGAAACUAUAGAAUAGACUUUAAACCAUACAUUUUACAGCACAAUGGAAUUGAUAUGAAUAUAAGCAGGAGUCAAUAAUUACUAGACUACAAUCCUACUCAUUGCUGAUUUAAAUUUGGAUUUAUAUUUAUUAUUUAAAUUAGAAAUACUUUUGUUUUAUAUUGAUUAAUUCUGGUAUUCGAUAUAUUAAUUAAUGAUGUAUCAA